CAUUGGUUACUGGCUGGAUUGAUUUUUAAGGUUAAACCGAGCUAAAAUGGAUUCUUACAAAAACAAAACAAACCAUAAAAUAAUUUCCAUGGCAACUCCUGCAUAAAAUGGCUCUGGACUCUCCAAAGAACAGAUGGGAAACACAGAGUUUCGCCAUUAAAACUGCUUAAAAGCUCAGCCGCCACCGCCACCGGCAAGCAGUCUUUUUGUGGCCGUUGAAGAAGCACCAAGGUUUGCGUUUACAUGGCUGCUGCUCAGGGAAUAUGCACUGACUAAGUUUGUGAGGUUAUGGCUUCACCGUUAGUUUGACUGUUUAUUCAACAGGAUCUUGAUGAUCUUCUCUAGAGAUUUAUGGCAUUUAAAUUCUAAACCUUUUUGGCUUUGGUUCACAUGCAUCAAUGGCGGUUCAAGGCUUUUAGUGCGUGAAAUGUAAGUAAGCUGUAGGUAAAGAAAGCUUCUUGUGUCACAUGCAUGUUGUCUCCUAGAGUGGACUUUCAGUACUGUAGACGCCAUUACCACCACCAACUUGGCCUAGACCGUCACUAGACCAAGGAAUCUCUUCUAUUCUCUCAAUCAAUUUGAGCUAUUUUACAGGUCUCAAAUGGAGAAAACCAGUACUAUCCAUUUCGUAAAUAGGAAAUUUCAUCUUUCCUUCUUGUUGUUCCUUGUGUUUUUUGGCCUAAUCAUGAAGAAUGCAGUACUGUUUGUCUCCUCUCUUUCUCCUGAUGGACAGGCUCUUUUGUCUCUUCUCUCUGCAGCUGACCCAUCUGCAAAAUCAUCCUCGUCAGUACUCUCCUCAUGGAACCCAUCAAGCCCAAACCCUUGUUCCUGGCAAGGCAUUACAUGCUCUUCACAAAGCAGAGUAAUCUCCCUCUCUCUUCCCAACACAUUUCUCAAUCUUUCCUCUUUACCCUUACAAGUCUCCUCUCUUUCUUCUCUGCAACUCCUUAAUCUUUCUUCCACCAAUAUCUCUGGCACAAUACCUCCUUCAUACGGCCAACUUACUCACCUCAGGCUUUUAGACCUCUCCUCUAACUCUCUCUCAGGUCCCAUCCCUCCAGAGCUUGGCCAGCUCUCUUCACUCCAGUUCCUCUUUCUAAAUUCAAAUAGGUUGUCUGGUAAAAUCCCUCAGCAACUUGUUAACCUUACCUCUCUGCAAGUCCUUUGCCUACAAGACAAUCUUCUCAAUGGUUCAAUACCUUCUCAGCUGGGUUCUUUGAUAUCUCUUCAACAGUUUAGAGUUGGGGGAAAUCCUUUUCUAACGGGAGAAAUCCCUCCACAACUAGGACUUCUCACCAAUCUGACCACUUUUGGGGCAGCAGCCACCAGCCUCUCUGGUGCCAUACCACCUACGUUUGGGAACUUGGUAAAUCUCCAAACACUGUCUCUUUACGAUACUGACAUAUCUGGGUCAAUACCGCCUGAACUUGGGCAUUUGUCAGAGUUGAGGAACGUGUAUCUGCACAUGAACAAGCUCACUGGUUCAAUGCCUUCUGAAUUGGGCAAGCUGCAAAAGCUCACGAGCUUGCUUCUAUGGGGCAACGCAUUGUCUGGACCAAUACCAGCUGAAAUCUCUAAUUGUUCUUCCCUUGUUGUGUUUGACGCCUCUGCUAAUGAUCUUUCUGGUGAGAUACCUGGUGAUCUGGGGAAUCUUCUCGUUCUCGAGCAGCUUCAUCUUUCAGACAAUUCACUAACCGGGUCAAUUCCAUGGCAGUUGAGCAACUGCUCAAGUUUGACAACUCUUCAGCUCGACAAGAAUCAAUUAUCUGGCACGAUUCCAUGGCAGGUUGGGAACUUAAAAUACCUGCAGAGUUUCUUCUUAUGGGGCAACUUAGUUUCCGGGACAAUACCAUCCUCUUUUGGCAACUGCACAGAACUAUAUGCGCUUGACCUUUCAAGGAACAAGCUUACAGGUUCAAUCCCAGAAGAAAUCUUCAGUUUAUCCAAGCUAAGCAAACUUCUUCUUCUUGGGAAUUCAUUUUCAGGCGGGUUGCCGAGAAGUGUAGCUAAAUGUCAGUCAUUAGUGAGAUUAAGGCUGGGAGAGAACCAACUUUCUGGGCAAAUACCAAAGGAGAUAGGCCAAUUGCAGAACCUAGUCUUCCUAGACUUGUACAUGAAUCAUUUCUCUGGUGCUCUUCCAUCUGAGAUUGCUAACAUUACAGUUCUUGAGUUAUUGGACGUACACAACAACUACAUUACUGGAGAAAUACCCUCUCAGUUAGGGGAGCUUGUGAAUUUGGAGCAGCUUGAUCUCAGCCGAAACAGCUUCACUGGCGAAAUCCCUUGGAGUUUUGGUAACUUCAGUUACUUGAACAAGCUCAUACUUAACAACAAUCUGCUAACUGGUUCAAUCCCGAAAUCAAUUCGAAACUUGCAGAAGUUAACUCUGCUUGAUUUGAGUUUUAACAGCCUCACUGGUCCAAUCCCACCUGAGAUUGGCUAUGUGACAAGCUUGACAAUCAGUUUGGACUUGAGUUCCAAUAUGCUUACAGGAGAAAUCCCAGAGACCAUGUCUCGUUUGACACAGUUGCAGUCUAUUGAUCUUUCUCAUAACAUGUUAUAUGGGAAAAUCAAAGUUCUGGGUUCCCUUGCUAGUCUAACUUCUCUUAAUAUAUCAUAUAACAAUUUCUCAGGUCCAAUCCCGGUAACACCUUUCUUUAGAACCGUUUCCUCUAAUUCUUUUCUUCAGAACCCUAAGCUUUGUCAAUCCGUUGAUGGGAAUACUUGUUCUUCCCAUCUUACCAGAAAGAAUGGACUAAAAUCUGCCAAGACUAUAGCAUUAGUUUCUAUCAUUCUGGCUUCAGUGACUGCAGCAGUUCUAGCUUCAUGGCUUGUAAUUUUGCGAAACCAUAGGUAUAUAGUGGAAAAAUCUUCAGGAACAUCUUCAUCUUUGCCGGGUGCUGAAGAUUUCUCCUAUCCGUGGACUUUCAUUCCAUUUCAAAAGGUCAACUUCACCAUUGACAACAUCUUGGAAUGUCUGAAAGAUGAGAAUGUGAUAGGGAAAGGCUGUUCCGGAGUUGUUUACAGGGCAGAAAUGUCCAAUGGAGAGUUGAUAGCAGUUAAAAAGCUCUGGAAAACAAAGAGAGAUGAGGAACCGGUUGAUUCAUUUGCAGCAGAAAUUCAAAUUCUUGGACAUAUUCGACAUCGGAACAUUGUGAAGCUCUUAGGUUAUUGUUCCAAUAAGAGUGUUAAGCUCCUUUUAUACAACUACAUUUCAAAUGGUAAUCUGCAACAGCUGUUGCAAGGAAAUAGGAAUUUGGAUUGGGAAACUAGGUAUAAGAUUGCAGUAGGAUCAGCUCAAGGUCUUGCUUAUCUUCACCAUGAUUGUCUGCCUGCCAUUCUUCACAGAGAUGUCAAGUGCAAUAAUAUACUCCUCGAUUCCAAGUAUGAGGCCUAUCUUGCAGAUUUUGGAUUGGCAAAGUUGAUGAACUCUCCGACCUAUCACCAUGCCAUUUCAAGAGUAGCUGGGUCUUGCGGUUACAUUGCCCCAGAGUACGGAUACAUGAUGAACAUAACAGAGAAGAGUGAUGUUUACAGUUAUGGAGUUGUACUGCUGGAAAUACUAAGUGGGCGCAGUGCAGUUGAACCCCAGGUGGGUGACGGACUUCACAUAGUUGAGUGGGUGAAGAGGAAGAUGGGAAGUUUCGAACCAGCUGUGUCAAUACUCGAUACAAAGCUUCAAGGAUUACCAGAUCAAAUGGUACAAGAGAUGCUUCAGACACUGGGAAUUGCAAUGUUCUGUGUUAAUUCUUCUCCUGCAGAAAGGCCUACAAUGAAAGAAGUGGUUGCCUUAUUAAUGGAGGUGAAGAGUACACCAGAAGAGUGGGGAAAGACCUCUCAACCUCUAAUAAAGCAGUCAUCAAAUCAAAAUUGAAACUUGAUUUUCUUUUUUGCUGAUUUUAGUUUUCUUCAGCUCCUCUUCCUACCAAAGAGCUCUUCCCCCCAGAAAAAAUAGUACUACUAUGAGAAGUUAUAGGAAGCUUCUGUACAGUCUUAGGAACAUUAAUCUUGUUGAUUUGCUACAUGCCUGCUUGCCUUAUGUUCUACAUAAUUCUUCUUGGCUUAAUCUCUACGAAACUCAACAAUAUUUGAUCGAAUUUCGAUUUAGAUU